GCGUGGAUACUGACGGGAGGCUUGCGUGAGGGUGUGGGGAGGUGUGUAGGGGAGGCGGUAAGGGACCAUGCCACCGCUGCCGCCUCUGUCUCCCUGACCAAGGUGGUGGCUCUGGGCAUCGCUCCCUGGGGCCUGGUCCACAACCGCCAGCAGCUGGUCAAUCCACAGGUAACGCACGCACGCACCCACGCUAUCGUGCCGAACCAAACUGUGCAAACUCAGAUAUUUCCUUUCCACAUUGUCGUUUUCAGUAUGGUUCCAGAAACUAUGGUAGAAAUUAUGGUGGAUGUCUUGGCUCGGUUUGGCUCAAUAGUAUGAAAAUCACUCACGUUCUGACCAUGUCUAGUUUCCCCCUCUCUCAGGGUAGCUUCCCUGCUAGGUACUACUUCCAGAACACGUCCCGUGACUCAUGCUGCCUGGACAACAACUACCAGGCCUUCCUUCUGGUGGAUGAUGGGAGUGUAGGCCGCAGAGGUGGCGAGGCAAGCUUCAGGGCCCGGCUGGAGGAUUACAUUUCCCAUCAGCGCACAGGCAUCUGG